CGUUUUUCAUAAGCUUCUGUUAUCAACAUCAAGCCCUAACUAAGCCAAAAUAUAUACACACGCAUAGUAAAAUUACAAAUCGAGGAAGAAGAGAAGAUGGUAGCGACCAACUUGAAAGCAGAAGCCAUGAAGCUGAUGGAUACAAGAUCAGCUCUUGAGUCUGAGAUGAAUUCCAUCAUCGAUCGCCUCACUCAACCUGGCGCUCCUGGUCUUUCCGGCAAUCUCGUCGAUUCUGAGGGAUUUCCUAGGUCAGAUAUCGACAUCCCUGUUGUAAGAGCAGACCGGCUUAAACUUGCUCAGCUGCGGAAUCAUUACAAGGAGGUCACAGAGAAAAUUGAGCAAACCAUACAAGUUUUGCAUUCAGCAAAGCUAAGUCCAGCAUCUACCCACAGGGAUACAGGUAUUGUUGGUUCUAGUCAAGGUAUUUCUGCUUCCAGUGUUGCUGAAGUUGCAAAUUCCGGAAGAAGUAUCAAUGCCAUGGAUGUGGAUGUGAUUGGAGGACGACCCUUUGCUAUGGUUGAUGAAAUAAGUGAGGCAUCUCCGGCAGCAGAAGAUGGUUUGCAACUCGGUGAUCAAAUAAUUAAAUUUGGGACAGUGGAAUUUGGCGAUGCUUUGCUACCAAAGCUUGCUGCUGAAGCUCAAACAAAUCGAGGUCAUGCAAUACCCGUAGUUGUAAAGAGACAGGGUGAUUUGAUUAACCUAUCGGUGACACCUAGAGAGUGGCAAGGUCGUGGACUGCUGGGGUAUGUUUUACUUUCUCUCUCUGCUGGGAUGUCACUUCAGCAUCUUGUGAAAUGUCUUUACCAUCAAAUUAACUUGGUCCAAGCUGAAAUGUUGCAAACACUGAAAUGGAUCAGAGAAUAGUUUCUAUCGAAGUAUUUCCGUUCCCAAGAUCAAUGUUAAGAUUCUGGUAAGACUGUAAUUUUCAUAGCUCUGGCAAAUUUGGUAUUAACUUUAAACUAAUUCAGGUGAUCUUGUUUUAAAUUAAUUAAUUUUCUAGCUGUGGCAAAUUUGGUAUUUGGUAUUAUAUAAUAGAUAUACAUACAUACAUAUAUAUAUAAUUAAUUUUAUUUGGUUC